GGCGACAUCGGCAGGUCGGGGUCUCCAGGAUACAGAGGAGAUGAGGGUGCCCCCGGACCAGAGGUGGGGGAACUAGUUCAUCAAUUUGUUUAUCCAUUCCGUCAUCUAGUUAAUACAUUUAUUUAUCUCACACACAUGCAUCAAUCUUUCAGGUUUUGUCAAAUCUUAUUUUCCGACCAGUGUGCCGUGCACCAGGUCGAUAUUUUUGAUAUUGAUCAAAGUUUCUGGCUAAACUAUGUCAAAGAUCAGGUGGUCUGGGAAGUCUUCCUCCAUUAACAUCUGAACUACAUUUCUCAUGUUCCCGCUCUGAUUUCCUAUCUCUCUAAACUAAAUUUCCCAUCUCUCUCUUAUCUAAACUAAAUUUCCCAUCUCUCUCUUAUCUAAACUACAUUUCCCAUCUCUCUCUUAUCUGAACUACAUUUCCCAGGGCCCCAAAGGACCAAGAGGAAUCAAAGGAGCUCCUGGAGACAGAGGGCAGAUCGGAAACAGGGUGAGGGGGAGAGAGAGAGAACAUUUGGGGGAGGGGAAAAUAAAGAACAAAAUAAUGAGGGAUGGCUGAAGUGUUCUGUCUUAACCCUAACCCUGUUUCAGGGAGAAGAUGGGGCACCAGGAAAUGGAACUGAAGGUUGCCAUGGUUUCCAGGUACAGUUGUAUUACAUGUGAUGUAUUGCUGUUUGGGUUUAUGGUAGUGUGUGUGUGCGUUGUCUGCCGUCUCUCACACAUCCCUCCCCUCACUCAGGGUUACCCCGGCCCACGAGGGGACAAUGGAGAGCCGGUGAGUUUACCUUUCACCUAUAACCUCUCACCUCAGAAUCAGCCCCAAGGCAUCCUCUCACACUAUAUCACACUAUCAUAGUACUGUAGCGAGUUAGGACGGUAGCCUAACCGGAACUCAAACCUGGGUCUCUCUGGUUCAGAGGCAAGCACUCUAUCCACAGUCCCAAGAGACUGAACUUUGGAAGCAGCAUACCACCCUGCAUCCCACUGCUAGCUUGCCUCUGAAGCUAAGCAGGGUCGGUCCUGGUCGGCCCCUGGAUGGGAGACCAGAUGCUGCUGGAAGUGGUGUUGGAGGGCCAGUAGGUUUAAAAAAAAAAAGAAAAAAAAAAAAUCCCAGGGCAGUGAUUGGGGACAUUGCCCUGUGUGGGUGGCGUCUUUCGGAUGGGAUGUUAAACGGGUGUCCUGACUCUCUGUGGUCACUAAAGAUCCCAUGGCACUUAUGGUAAGAGUAGGGGUGUUAACCCCCGGUGUCCUGGAUAAAUUCCCAAUCUGGCCCUCAUACCAUAAUGGCCACCUAAUCAUCCCCCCUCCUCUCCCCUGUAACUACUCCCCAGGUUGUUGCUGUAAAUGAGAAUAUGUUCUCAAUCAACUUACCUGGUAAAAUAAGGGUUAAAUCAAAUCAAUCUGUACGGAACACGGGUCACUACACUAUCCUACUAUCCAGUCAGCAUGUUUAGAACUGUUUACUAAACACAUGAACACUACUCUACCCUGGUACAGUGGGGGGAAAAAGUAUUUAGUCAGCCACCAAUUGUGCAAGUUCUCCCACUUAAAAAGAUGAGAGAGGCCUGUAAUUUUCAUCAUAGGUACACGUCAACUAUGACAGACAAAUUGAAGAAAAAAAAUCCAGGAAAUCACAUUGUAGGAUUUUUAAUGAAUUUAUUUGCAAAUUAUGGUGGAAAAUAAGUAUUUGGUCACCUACAAACAAGUAAGAUUUCUGGCUCUCACAGACCUGUAACUUCUUCUUUAAGAGGCUCCUCUGUCCUCCACGCUUUACCUGUAUUAAUGGCACCUGUUUGAACUUGUUAUCAGUAUAAAAGACACCUGUCCACAACCUCAAACAGUCACACUCCAAACUCCACUAUGGCCAAGACCAAAGAGCUGCCAAAGGACACCAGAAACAAAAUUGUAGACCUGCACCAGGCUGGGAAGACUGAAUCUGCAAUAGGUAAGCAGCUUGGUUUGAAGAAAUCAACUGUGGGAGCAAUUAUUAGGAAAUGGAAGACAUACAAGACCACUGAUAAUCUCCCUCGAUCUGGGGCUCCACGCAAGAUCUCACCCCGUGGGGUCAAAAUGAUCACAAGAACGGUGAGCAAAAAUCCCAGAACCACACGGGGGGACCUAGUGAAUGACCUGCAGAGAGCUGGGACCAAAGUAACAAAGCCUACCAUCAGUAACACACUACGCCGCCAGGGACUCAAAUCCUGCAGUGCCAGACGUGUCCCCCUGCUUAAGCCUGUACAUGUCCAGGCCCAUCUGAAGUUUGCUAGAGUGCAUUUGGAUGAUCCAGAAGAGGAUUGGGAGAAUGUCAUAUGGUCAGAUGAAACCAAAAUAGAACUUUUUGGUAAAAAACUCAACUCGUCGUGUUUGGAGGACAAAGAAUGCUGAGUUGCAUCCAAAGAACACCAUACCUACUGUGAAGCAUGGGGGUGGAAACAUCAUGCUUUGGGGCUGUUUUUCUGCAAAGGGACCAGGACGACUGAUCCGUGUAAAGGAAAGAAUGAAUGGGGCCAUGUAUCGUGAGAUUUUGAGUGAAAACCUCCUUCCAUCAGCAAGGGCAUUGAAGAUGAAACGUGGCUGGGUCUUUCAGCAUGACAAUGAUCCCAAACACACCGCCCGGGCAACGAAGGAGUGGCUUCGUAAGAAGCAUUUCAAGGUCCUGGAGUGGCCUAGCCAGUCUCCAGAUCUCAACCCCAUAGAAAAUCUUUGGAGGGAGUUGAAAGUCUGUGUUGCCCAGCGACAGCCCCAAAACAUCACUGCUCUAGAGGAGAUCUGCAUGGAGGAAUGGGCCAAAAUACCAGCAACAGUGUGUGAAAACCUUGUGAAGACUUACAAAAAACGUUUGACCUGUGUCAUUGCCAACAAAGGGUAUAUAACAAAGUAUUGAGAAACUUUUGUUAUUGACCAAAUACUUAUUUUCCACCAUAAUUUGCAAAUAAAUUCAUUAAAAAUCCUACAAUGUGAUUUUCUGGAGAAAAAAAUUCUCAAUUUGUCUGUCAUGGUUGACGUGUACCUAUGAUGAAAAUUACAGGCCUCUCUCAUCUUUUUAAGUGGGAGAACUUGCACAGUUGGUGGCUGACUAAAUACUUUUUCCCCCACUGUACGUGAUGUAUUAAACAGUAGUCCUACAUUAACACAGGAUACACUACUCUAGUGUUACUGUAACUGAAACAAUGAGUCAUGAUGACUAGUGUAACUGAAACAAUGAGUCAUGAUGACUAGUGUAACUGAAACAAUGAGUCAUGAUGACUAGUGUAACUGAAACAAUGAGUCAUGAUGACUAGUGUAACUGAAACAAUGAGUCAUGAUGACUAGUGUAACUGAAACAAUGAGUCAUGAUGACUAGUGUAACUGAAACUGUUUCCCAGGAUGAGAAUGACUUUUAGAGUAGAUUUAUUAAUCUGGGUUUGGUGGGAAACAAACGUCAAGCCAAGCUUGCUUCCCAAAUGGCACCCUAUUCCCUGUAUAGUGCACUACUGUUGACCAGGCCCAUAUAAUGACGAUAUAGUGAAAAGGGUGCCAUUUGGGAUACAAUCCAUCUUUAUCUGAGACAUGACAAUUUGCCAGUUGUAAUUUGGUCUGGUUCGCCCAAUGUCUGAUUCAUCAAGAGGUUUCCAUGACAACUGUCUCUGACCCCUGACCUGUGACCUUCAGGGCGGGAAGGGAACCCUGGGACCCAAAGGAGAUGACGGAGAGCCUGGAAACCCCGGCCUGGACGUGAGUCACCCCAUCUCUCUCUCUCUCUCUUCUCUCUCCUCUCUCUCUCUCUCUCUCCUCUCUCAUCUCUCUCCUCUCUCUCCUCUCUCUCUCUCCUCUCUCUCCUCUCUCCUCUCUCUCUCUCUCUCUCCUCUCUCUCUCUCUCUCUCAAAUUCAAAUUCAAGCUGCUUUACUGGCAUGAAAAACAUUGCAUCAAUAUUGCCAAAGAAACAAUGUAUACAUUUAAGUCAUUUAGCAGACGCUCUUAUCCAGAGCGACUUACAGUUAGUGAAUACAUUUUUUUUAUACUGGCCCCCCGUGGGAAUCGAACCCACAACCCUGGCGUUGCAAACGCCAUACUCUAUCAACUGAGCUACAUCCCUGCCGGCCAUUCCCUCCCCAUAAUAAUAAUAAUAUUAAGUACACAGAUGUUAUUAUUCAGUGUCCCUCAGGCUGUGGCAGGCAAAUAAAUAUUUGGCUGCAAGAGGAGCCAUUGCUCCUUCGCCAAUUACUAUUUUUUGUUUUUCCUUUGAAUAAAUGUAGUAAUUUCUGUGAAUAAUGAAUCUCUUGGUGAGGAAUAUUUAUCACAGUAAAGGAGAAAGUGCACCUUUGAUUGGCUCUCUCUCUCUCUCUCUCUCUCUCUCUCUCUCUCUCUCUCUCUCUCUCUCUUCUUCUCUCCCUUUCUCUUCUUCUCUCCCUUUCUCUUCUUCUCGCCCUCUCUCUUCUUCUCUCCCUUUCUCUUCUUCUCUACCUCUCUUCUUCUCUCCCUUUCUCUUCUUCUCUCCCUCUCUCUUCUUCUCUCCCUUUCUCUUCUUCUCUACCUCUCUUCUUCUCUCCCUUUCUCUUCUUCUCUACCCCUCUUCUUCUCUUCUUCUCUCCCUAUCUUUAAGUCUUGCAGCUGGUAACGCUUUAUGUUCUGGACGCAGUGUUUGUGUGUAUUAAAAGCUUUGAGCUGCUGCAGCUGUGUAUAUGUCAUUGUCAUGGAUACCAGGAAAUGAGGGGAGAGUAUGUGGGUAGCUCAUUCCUCUAGUUUAGCCCCAGUGAUGUGUGUUAUAGUUAACCUCUGCUUGGCCAAGGUUCUUUUUACUUUGGUCCUCUGGGGAGGCUGUGGGAAUGAGCUCAACUUACAAGUUCACGUUUCUUCACCUAAACAUCCUUACCCUUCCUGCACCAUUCCCUAUGCUCCAGCCUUUAGGCACCUUAACCCCAGUCCCAUCCCUCAGCCCCAUCCCCAUCCCCUCAGCCCCCAGCCUCAUCCAUCAGCCCCAUCCCUCAGCCCCAUCCCUCAGCCCCCAGCCUCAUCCAUCAGCCCCAUCCCUCAGCCCCAUCCCUCAGCCCCAUCCCUCAGCCCCAUCCCCAUCCCUCAGCCUCAUCCAUCAGCCCCAUCCCUCAGCCCCAUCCCUCAGCCCCAUCCCCAUCCCUCAGCCUCAUCCAUCAGCCCCAUCCCUCAGCCCCAUCCCUCAGCCUCAUCCCUCAGCCCCAUCCCCAUCCCUCAGCCCCAUCCCUCAGCCCCCAGCCUCAUCCAUCAGCCCCAUCCCUUCAGCCCCAUCCCUCAGCCCCAUCCCUCCAGCCCCAUCCCUCAGCCCCAUCCCUCAGCCCAUCCCUCCAGCCCCCAUCCAUCAGCCCCAUCCCUUCAGCCUCAUCCCUCAGUCCCAUCCCUCAGCCCCAUCCCUCAGUCCCAUCCAUCAGCCCCAUCCCUCAGCCCCAUCCCUCAGCCCCAUCCCUCAGCCCCAUCCCUCAGUCCCAUCCCUCAGCCUCAUCCCUCAGCCCCAUCCCUCAGUCCCAUCUCUCAGCCCCAUCCCUCAGCCUCAUCCCUCAGCCCCAUCCCUCAGUCCCAUCUCUCAGCCCCAUCCCUCAGCCCCCAGCCUCAUCCAUCAGCCUCAUCCCUCAUCCCUCAUUUUUUAAAAUAAAACAACAACAAAAAAAGUGUUGAGAGAAAAAAGAGCAGAAGUAAAAUAAAGUGACAGUAGGGAGGCUAUAUAUACAGGGGGGUUACCGGUGCAGAGUCAAUGUGACGGGGGCACCGGCUAGUUGAGGUAGUUGAGGUAAUAUGUACAUGUGGGUAGAGUUAAAGUGGACUAUGCAUAAAUAAUUAACAGAGUAGCAGCAGCGUAAAAGGAUGGGGUGGGGGGGCAGUGCAAAUAGUCCGGGUAGCCAUGAUUAGCUGUUCAGGAGUCUUAUGGCUUGGGGGUAGAAGCUGUUGAGAAGUCUUUUGGACCUAGACUUGGCACUCCGGUACCGCUUGCCGUGCGGUAGCAGAGAGAACAGUCUAUGACUAGGGUGGCUGGAGUCUUUGACAAUUUUGAGGGCCUUCCUCUGACUCUGAUCAGGGUUGGAGGGUUAGAGGGAGAGGAUCAGGGUUGGAGGGUUAGAGGGAGAGGAUCAGGGUUGGAGGGAGAGGCUCAGGGUUGGAGGGUUAGAGGGAGAGGAUCAGGGUUGGAGGGUAGAGGGAGAGGAUCAGGGUUGGAGGGUUAGAGGGAGAGGAUCAGGGUUGGAGGGUUAGAGGGAGAGGAUCAGGGUUGGAGGGUUAGAGGGAGAGGAUCAGGGUUGGAGGGUUAGAGGGAGAGGAUCAGGGUUGGAGGGAGAGGAUCAGGGUUGGAGGGUAAGAGGGAUAGGAUCAGGGUAAGAGGGAGAGGAUCAGGGUUGGAGGGUUAGAGGGAGAGGAUCAGGGUUGGAGGGUUAGAGGGAGAGGAUCAGGGUUGGAGGGUUAGAGGGAGAGGAUCAGGUUUAGAGGGUUAGAGGGAGAGGAUCAGGGUUGGAGGGUUAGAGGGAGAGGGUCAGGGUUGGAGGGUUAGAGGGAGAGGAUCAGGGUUGGAGGGUUAGAGGGUUAGAGGGAGAGGAUCAGGGUUGGAGUGUAGGAGGAUCAGGGUUGGAGGUUAGAGGUAGGAUAGGGUUGGUAGGGUAGAGGUAGAGGAUCAGUGUUGGAGGGUUAGAGGGAGAGGAUCAGGGUGGAGGUUGAGGUUAGAGGGAGAGGAUCAGGGGGUUGGAGGUGUUAGAGGGAGAGGAUCAGGGUUGGAGGGUUGAGGGGAGGAUCAGGGUUGGAGGGUUAGAGGGAGAGGAUCAGGGUUGGAGGGUUAAGGGAGAGGAUCAGGGUUGGAGGGUUUAGGGGAGGCGGAGAGGAUGGCAGGGUCAGGGUGAGGUUGAGAGGUUCAAGGGUUAGGGUAGGGUUAGGGUUAGAGGGAGAGGUCAGGUGGGUUUGAGGUGAGAGGGAUCAGGGUUGGAGGGUUUAGAGGGAGUAGGAUCGGGUUGGAGGGUUAGAGGGAGAGGUCAGGGUUGGAGGGUUAGAGGGAAGGAUCAGGGUGGAGGUGGUUGAGGUUUGAGGGAGAGGAUCAGGUGGGGGGUUGAGUGGUCAUGGUUGAGGGUAGAGGAGGUCCAGGGUUGGAGGGUUAGAGGGAGAGGAUCAGGGUUGGAGGGUGUAGAGGGAGAGGAUCAGGGUGUGGAGGGUAGUUAGGAGAGUGUCGGUAGAUCAGGGUGAGGGUUAGAGGUUAGGGAGAGGAUCAGGGUUGAGGGUUAGAGGGAGAGGAGUCAGGGUUGGAGGGUUAGAGGGAGAGGAUCAGGGUUGGAGGGUUAGAGGGAGAGGAUCAGGGUUGGAGUGUUAAGGAGGGUAGUAGAGGGUUAGAUGGGAGGUCAGGGUUGGAGGGUUAGAGGGAGAGGUCAGGGUUGGAGGGUUAGGGGAGAGGAUCAGGGUUGGAGGGUUAGAGGGGAGGUUGAGAGGGUUAGGGAGAGGUAGGGUUGGAGGAGAGAGGAUCAGGGUUGGAGGGUUAGAGGGAAGGGAUCAGUAGGUUGGAAGUCAGGUUGGAGGGUUAGAGGGAGAGGAUCAGGGUUGGAGGGUUAGAGGGAGAGGAUCAGGGUUGGAGGGUUUAGAGGGAGAGGUUCAGGUUGGGGGUUAGAGGGAGAGGAUCAGGGUUGGAGGGUUAGAGGGAGAGGAUCAGGGUUGGAGGGUUGAGGGAGAGAGGAUCAGGGUUGGAGGGUUAGAGGGAGAGGAUCAGGGUUGGAGGGUUAGAGGGAGAGGAUCAGGGUUGGAGGGUUAGAGGGAGAGGAUCAGGGUUGGAGGGUUUAGAGGGAAGAGGAUCAGGGUUGGAGGGUUAGAGGGAGAGGAUCAGGGUUGGAGGGUUAGAGGGAGAGGAUCAGGGUUGGAGGGUUAGAGGGUUAGAGGGAGGGGAUCAGGGUUGGAGGGUUAGAGGGAGAGGAUCAAGGGUUGGAGGUUAGAGGAGAGGAUCAGGGUUGGAGGGUUAGAGGGAGAGGAUCAGGGUUGGAGGGUUAGAGGGAGAGGAUCAAGGGUUGGAGGUUAGAGGGAGAGGAUCAGGGUUGGAGGGUUAGAGGGAGAGGAUCAGGGUUGGAGGGUAGAGGGAGAGGAUCAGGGUUGGAGGGUUAGAGGGAGAGGAUCAGGGUUGGAGGGUUAGAGGGAGAGGAUCAGGGUUGGAGGGUUAGGGGAGGGAGGGUAAGGGUUGAGGGUAGAGGAUCAGGGUUGGAGGGUUAGAGGGAGAGGGUCAAGGGUAGGUAGGGGUUAGAGGAGAGGAUCAGGGUUGGAGGGUUGGAGGUAGGGAGAGGAUCAGGGUUGGAGGGUUAGAGGGAGAGGAUUCAUGGGUUGGAGGGUUAGAGGGAGAGGAUCAGGGUUGGAGGUUAGAGGGAGAGGAUCAGGUUGGAGGGUUUUUGAGGGAGAGGAUCAGGGUUGGGUGAGGUGUUAGAGGGAGAGGAUCAGGUUGGAGGCGGGAGAUCAGGUUGGAGGGUUAGAGGGAGAGGGUCAGGUUGGAGGGUUAGAGGGAGAGGGUCAGGGUAGGAGGGUUGGAGGGAGAGGAUAGGGUUGGAGGUUAGAGGGGGAAGGAUCAGGGUUAGGAGGUUAGAGGGAGAGGAUCAGGGUUGAGGGUUAGAGGGAGAGGAUCAGGGUUGGAGGGUUAGAGGGAGAGGAUCAGGGUUGGAGGGUUAGAGGGAGAGGAUCAGGGUUGGAGGGUUAGAGGGAGAGGAUCAGGGUUGGAGGGUAGAGGGAGAGGAUCAGGGUUGGAGGGUUAGAGGGAGAGGAUCAGGGUUGGAGGGGGAGGGGGAGAGGAUCAGGGUUGGAGGGUUAGAGGGAGAGGAUCAGGGUUGGAGGGUUAAAAGGGAGAGGAAACAGGGUUGGAGGGUUAGAGGGAGAGGAUCAGGGUUGAGAGGGUUAGUAGGAAGAUCAGGGUUGGGGGGGUUAGAGGGAGAGGAUCAGGGUUGGUAGGGAGAGGAUCAGGGUUAGAGGGGUUUUGAGGGAGAGGAUCAGGGUUGGAGGGUUAGAGGGAGAGGAUCAGGGUGAGGUGGUCAGGGUUGGAGGUUAGAGGGAGAGGAUCAGGGUUGGAGGGUUAGAGGGAGAGGAUCAGGGUUGGAGGGUUAGAGGGAGAGGAUCAGGGUUGGAGGGUUAGAGGGAGAGGGUCAUGGAGGGUUAGAGGGAGAGGUCAGGGUGGAGGUGUUAGAGGGAGAGGAUCAGGGUUGGAGGGUUAGAGGGAGAGGAUCAGGGUUGGAGGGUUAGAGGGAGAGGAUCAGGGUUGGAGGGUUAGAGGGAGAGGAUCAGGGUUGGAGGGUUAGAGGUGAGAAAGGAUCAGGGGGGUUAGAGGGGAGGGAUCGGUUGGAGGGUUUAGAGGGAGAGGAUCAGGGUUAAGGGAGAGGGCAGGGUUAGAGGUUAGAGGGAAGAUCAGGUUGGAGGGUUAGAGGGAGAGGAUCAGGGUUGGAGGGUUAGAGGGAAGAGGAUCAGGUGUUGGAGGGUUAGAGGGAAGGAUCAGGGUUGGGGUUAGAGAGAGAGGGAUCAGGGUUGGAGGGUUAGAGGGAGAGAUUUAGGGUUGGAGGUUAGAGGAGAGGAUCAGGGUUGGAGGGUAUAGAGGGGUUAGGGGGGAGAGGAUCAGGUGGAGGGUUAGAGGGAGAGGGUCAGGGUUGGAGGGUUGGAAGGAGGGGGAUCAGGGUUGGAGGGUUAGAGGGAGAGGAUCAGGGUUGGAGGGUUAGAGGGAGAGGAGGAAGGGUUGGAGGGUUAGAGGGAGAGGAUCAGGGUUGGAGGGUAAGAGGUUGAGGGUUGGGGGUUGGAGGGAGAGGAUCAGGGUUGGAGGGUUAGAGGGAGAGGAUCGGGUUGGAGGGUUAGAGGGAGAGGAUCAGGGUUGGAGGGUUAGAGGAGAGGAUCAGGUGGAGGGUUAGAGGGAGAGGAUCAGGGUUGGAGGGUUUAGAGGGAGAGGAUCAGGUGUUGGAGGGUUAGAGGGAGAGGAUCAGGGUUGGAGGGUUGAGGGAGAGGUCAGGGUUGGAGGGUUAGAGGGAGGAGUAGUCAGGUUGGAGGGUUUAGAGGGAAGGUCAGGGUUGGAGGGUUGAGGGAGAGGAUCAGGGUUGGAGGGUAGAGGGAGAGGAUCAGGGUGGAGGGUUUAGAGGGAGAGGAUCAGGGUUGGAGGGUUAGAGGAGAGGAUCAGUGGUUGGAGGGUUAGAGGGAGAGGGUCAGGGUUGGAGGUGUUAGAGGGAGAGGACUCAGGGUGGAGGUUUGAUGUUAGAGGGAUGGGAUCAGGGUUGGAGGGUUAGAGGGAGAGGAUCAGGGUUGGAGGGUUAGAGGGAGAGGAUCAGGGUUGGAGGGUUAGAGGGAGAGGAUCAGGGUUGGAGGGUUAGAGGGAGAGGAUCAGGGUUGGAGGGUUAGAGGGAGAGGAUCAGGGGUGGAGGGUUAGAGGGAGGGAUCAGGGUUGGAGGGUUAGAGGAGAGGAUCAGGGUUGGAGGGGUUAGAGGGAGAGGAUCAGGGUUGGGGUUAGAGGAGAGGAUCAGGGUUGGAGGGUUAGAGGAGAGGAUCAGGGUUGGAGGGUUGAGGAAGGGAGAGGAUCAGGGUUGGAGGUUAGAGGGAGAGGUCAGGGUAGGAGGGUUGGAGGGAGAGGAUCAGGUUGGAGGGUUAGAGGGAGAGGAUCAGGGUUGGAGGGUUAGAGGGAGAGGAUCAGGGUUGGAGGGUUAGAGGAAGAGGAUCAGGGUUGGAGGGUUAGAGGGGCUAAGUUCUCAAAGAGUAGUCAGUACUACAGUCCUAGUGAGAGGCAGUAUACAGUAGUCAGUAGACAGUAGAGUCCACUUGGUUUGAGUUAACUGUAUCAUUAUCUCUGGGGUCAAAGGUUACUCAUCAGUUGUCUGUCUCACUUUCUCACACAACACUUUGUCAAAGUUCCACUACCUGUAGUGUGUGUUACUAACCCUCUACCUGUCUCUCCUCUGCAGAACGACUCCCCAGGACUCCCAGGGAACAAAGGAGCCAAAGGUCACCGAGGACCUGAAGGAAACCCGGUAAGACAGAGAGAGAGAGAUCAAUCAGAUGUAUUUUAUAAAGCCCUUUUUACAUCAGCAGUUGUCACAAAGAGGCACAGUGGCUAGGAGUAACUAUCUAGAUGGAAGGAACCUAGACAGGAACCAGCCUCUGAGGGCUGGCCCGGCCGAUGGAUGGAUGGAUAGAGAUUCUCUCCUCCUUUCUAUCUAUAUAUAUAUAGCAUAUAAUAUAUAUAUAAGAUAUAUACUAUAUAUAUAUUAUAUAGAUAGAUAUGAUAUUAGAUAUACUCUAUAUAUUAUAAUUAUAGAUAUAUAUAUAUAUAUUACUAUAUAUAUAGAGAGAGAGAGGCGAGGAGCGAGAGAGAGAGAGAGAGAGCGAGAGAGAGAGAGAGAGAGCGAGAGAGAGAGAGAGAGCGAGAGAGAGACAGAGGACAUGAGACAGAGAGAGAGCGACAGAACGGGAAGAGAGCGAAAGAGACAGAGAGAGAGCGACAAGAGAGACGAGAGAGCGUCAGAGACCCUCGAGAGCGACAGAGAGAGAGAGAGAGCGGACAGAGAGAGAGAGAGGAGAGACCGAGAGAGAGAGAGAGACGAGACAGGAGAGAGAGAGAGACAGAGAGAGAGAGAGAGAGAUGCACUCACUGUAGCACUUGGAGAUUUAUUUUUUUAACGCUUUAUAAAUUCAACAUAUUAUUAUUAUGAUUUAAAGAGAGACAGAGAGAUGGUGUGAGAGAGGGGGUGCAGUCUCCCCCCUCCUCCAUUUUCCCCUGGCUAGUGGCUAGGCUGCAUAUCUCUAGGAUAAACAGUUUUGAGUUAUGUGUUUGUGGGAAGAACACUAAGCUCAGCCUACAAUUAACUGGCAUGUGCGUGCGUGUGAAAGUGUGGUUGUAUCCUCUUGGUCAAGAGAAAAUGCUCCUAAAUUGAAUUUUGUCUGCUUGAAACAAAACAAAUGGGAGUGAGAGUGAUAGACAGAGGGAAAGAGAGAGACACUAUUGAAAGACCCUGUUGUUGUAUUUGAGAGAGGGAGAGUUAAACGUUUUCAUCUGUCAUUCUGCCCGUUGGAAGCUGUGCUCUCCACAGAACAUCUGUUGUGUCAUUAUCUCAAUUGGUAGAGCACGGCGCUUGUAACGCCAGGGUAGUGGGUUCGAUCCCCGGGACCACCCACACGUAAAAAUGUAUGCACACAUGACUGUAAGUGGCUUUGGAUAAAAGCGUCUGCUAAAUGGCAUAUUAUUAUUAUUAUUAUUAUUACUAUUAUAACAAUACUAUUACAGUAGGCCUAGUACACUAGCCUAUUAAAUCUCUGUCCUGCACACAUUAAUGAACCAUCAUCAUUGCGUGUUCUCUCCUAGCUUCAUGGUUUGAAAGAGGCGUGUAAUUCCAGUCCAUAUGUUAGGCCUACUGUCUGCAACGCCCAAUCACAGACACCAUCCUAUAUUCAAGAGUCAUUCCCCCCCCCCCAGCCCUGCCCCGUUCUUUACGCUGUCUGACCGCCAUUGGACUAGUAUAUAUGGUUUAAAUUGCUAGUUGGGCCAUGGGGUGGGGGCAUUCCAAUGAGUUGGGUCCGGGGCUUUUGGAAGUGAAUCUGUAGUGUUUAUACCCAGCUUAAGGUACAAUGUAGGUACGGUACUGUAUUGUAUGAUAUGUAUGCACUCACUAACUGUAAGUGGCUCUGGAUAAGAGCGUCUGCUAAAUGACUCACUAACUGUAAGUGGCUCUGGAUAAGAGCGUCUGCUAAAUGACUCACUAACUGUAAGUGGCUCUGGAUAAGAGCGUCUGCUAAAUGACUAAAUCAAUGUCAAAUGUAUAGCCUUCAAACACCGCUUCCAGCUGCCACCUGGCGACUAUUCUAAAUAUUCAAUAUUCAUUCAAAUCCUCCUGCUGUAGGAUUAUUUUCCUCCUGCGACUAAAUGGGUCAUAUUAAGAUCUGACAUCUGUUGUGUCCCUAUAAGGUGAUGCAUGGCUCACUCCUCUCCUCUCUCUCUCUCCGUCUACAGGGACCAGUCGGGCCUCCCGGACCUGCAGGAGCUGAUGUGAGUCUAAAUUAAAGUUUUUCCUCUAAACCCUAACUCUGACUCAAAACUAAUCCCGCCAUUUCAGAGUACUACUAUAUUAGGAGUCUAUAACACUUCAUCAGGUUAUAUACUAACGCUACAGGAGUAGAUUAUGAACUAGAAACUUGUGUCAACUUGCGGUUAAAUACUGUACACUGUAAAACAUUUAUGGUCUCUUAUCCAUUUUAGAAUGAGGCUGUAACGUAACAAAAUGUGGAAAAAGGUUAAGGGGUCUGAAUACUUUCUGAAGGCACCGUAUACUGUACUGUCUGUAGCUUGAAUCCAGUUGGUUAUAUAUACUGUACUGUCAUUACUGUCAUCUUAUGAGGUUAUAUACUGUACUGUACAAUACAUGAUAUAUCAUUACUGUCAUCUUAUGAGGUUAUAUACUGUACUGUACAAAUAUUGAGUAAAUAAGAGUAUGCAAAGCUGUCGUCAAGGCAAAGGGUGGCUAUUUGAAGAAUCGCAAAUAUAAAAUAUAUUAUGAUUUGUUUAACAUUUUUUUGGUUUCUACAUGAUUCCAUAUGUGUUUUUUUAAUAGUUUUGAUGUCUUCACUAUUAUUCUACAAUGUAGAAAAUAGUAAAAAUAAAGAAAAACCCUGGAAUGAGUAGGUGUGUCCAAACUUUUGACUGGUAGUGUAUAUAUACGUAUACACUAUACAUUUAUAAAACGUUACUGUUAUCAACAGGAAUGUGAGAUUCUGGAUAUCAUCAUGAAGCUUUGCUGUAAGUUAUCCUCCCACACACACACACACACACACACACACAACACACACACACACACACACACACACACACACACACACACACACACACUGGAAUGACUUACAUUGUUUUUGUGUUGUGUUUUUUUUUUCUACAGCGUGCUGUGGUGAGUCCAUCCCAUCUUCUCAUUGGCUUCUGAGUUUAUCAGAACUUUCUAAUCACAAAUACGCCCAUACUCUGUCUAAUGUCUGUCUGUCUAAUGUGUCUGUCUGUCUAAUGUCUGUCUGUCUAAUGUGUCUGUCUGUCUAAUGUGUCUGUCUGUCUAAUGUGUCUGUCUAAUGUGUCUGUCUGUCUAAUGUCUGUCUGUCUAAUGUGUCUGUCUGUCUAAUGUCUGUCUGUCUAAUGUGUCUGUCUGUCUAAUGUCUGUCUGUCUAAUGUGUCUGUCUGUCUAAUGUCUGUCUGUCUAAUGUCUGUAUGUCUAAUGUCUGUCUGUCUAAUGUCUGUUGUCUAAUGGUCUGUAUGUCUGUCUGUCUAAUGUGUAUGUCUGUCUAAUGUGUCUGUCUGUCUAAUGUCUGUCUGUCUAAUGUGUCUGUCUGUCUAAUGUCUGUCUGUCUAAUGUGUCUGUCUGUCUAAUGUCUGUCUGUCUAAUGUCUGUCUGUUUAAUGUGUCUGUCUGUCUAAUGUGUCUGUCUGUCUAAUGUGUCUCUCUGUCUAAUGUGUCUGUCUGUCUGUCCUGAUGUAGAGUGUAAGUGUGGGCCUCUGGACCUGGCGUUCAUCGUGGACAGUUCUGAGAGUAUCGGCUCCACUAACUUCGCUCUGGCUAAAGACUUCAUCAUCACUGUCAUAGACCGCCUUAUGAAGGACCAGCAAGUCCGCGUGAGUAACACACACACACACACACACACACACACACACACACACACACACACACCACCGUCAUAGACCACCUUAUGAAGGACCAGCCAGUCCGCGUGAGUAACACACACAGACAUUUGAAUCAACAAAUCACAUUACAGUCAAGAAAGACUCAAAUACUGUAUUUCAAAGGUCACAGAUACAUGAACACUCAUGGAUACAAAAAGUGUGUGUUUGGUUUAUUUAACCCUUAUUUUACUGUUUUAUUUAACUCUUAUUUUACUGUUUUAUUUAACUCUUAUUUUAGUGUUUUAUUUCACCUGUAUUUUACAAGGUAAAUUGACUGAGAACAUAUUCUCAUUUACAGCAACGACCUGGGGAGUAGUUACAGGGGAGAGGAGGGGGGAUGAUUAGGUGGCCAUUAUGGUAUGAGGGCCAGAUUGGGAAUUUAACCUGGACACUGGGGU